UUUGGCUUCUGAUAGUCAUGGACUCACUAGACUGCUGAGGAAGAUCCAGCAUCUAUCUGCUGAAAACAUCCAGAAAACUACUUUUAACACCAGAAUCAAGCAUGGAAGUGGUGAACUAAGAAGAGCCUGAGGAAGAAUUGUGUUGCCUGAUCAGAAACUCCAACUCUAAAGAAGAUGAGUGACUCAUCCAAAACCAACCAGUGCUGCCCCACUCCAUGCUGCCCACCAAAACCAUGUUGCCCACCCAAACCGUGCUGUCUGCAGAAAUCACCUUGCUGUCCCAAGUCCCCAUGCUGUCCACCCAAAUCCCCAUGUUGCACACCAAAGGUCUGUCCCUGUCCGACUCCCUGUCCCUGUCCAGCCACCUGUCCAGCUGCCUGUGCUUGUCCUUGUCCGAUGAAACCAUGCUGCCCAACGAAGUGUACAUGCUGCCCUAAAAAGUGCACCUGCUGCCCACAGCCCACCUGCUGUGUUCAACCCACCUGCUGCUCUUCUGAAAACAAGACUGAGUCAGAUUCUGAUGGGUCUGGUCAAACUCAGGAUAGGGGUGCUCAAACACAGCAGUCCCCUCAAGGUGGUCAAGGCAAUUGGAACCAGAAGAAGACCAAGUAAACUGUCCCUGACACCAUGCUCAUCCUCAAAUGGUGUGGGGGAUUACUACAGGCAAGGUUAAGACUAUGUUGUAGCGAUGCUGUUUUCAUGAUAACCAACAAGACCACUCAACCAUAAGCUACCAUUUCGACCUAACCAUAGGCUACUAUUGCAACUGGAAAUGGAAAGUAGAAAAGGAUAGAAACAUCUUGUCUAGUGAUCCUGACAUUUAGAUAGCAAAGAAAUAAAAGAGCAAAUAAAAAGAA